GAUGACGCAAUGCUCCCUGAUUGGCUCUGCAUUCGAGGCGGUGAUUCUGCAAGCGGGACACGUGGAAGCGAGCUGUGGGGAGGCUGAGGGGUCUCCAGACAAGAACAGUCGGGAGGUUUGUAGGACCUGGAGAAUCCCUCAGGAUGAAGCUGAGUCUCACCAAGGUAGUUAAUGGCUGUCGCCUAGGAAAAAUAAAAAACCUGGGCAAAACAGGGGACCGCACAAUGGACAUUCCAGGCUGCCUUCUAUACACCAAGACUGGCUGUGCCCCACACCUGACCCAUCACACGCUGCAUAGUAUCCACGGGGUUCCUGCCAUGGCUCAGCUCACACUGUCAUCGCUUGCAGAAUAUCACGAAGUCUUGACAGAAUAUAAGGAAGGAGUUGGAAAGUUUAUAGGCAUGCCAGAAUCGCUCUUGUACUGCUCCCUGCACGAUCCAGUCAGCCCCUGCCCAGCUGGUUAUGUAACAAACAAGUCUGUGUCUGUGUGGGGUGUUGGAGGACGAGUGGAAAUGACUGCUUCCAAGUUCAUGGCAAUUCAGCAGGCCCUUCAGCCAGACUGGUUCCAGUGCCUCUCAGAUGGAGAAGCAUCUUGUGCGGAAGCAAGUUCCAUAAAAAGAGUCAGGAAGUCUGUUGACCGAUCGCUGCUAUUCCUGGAUCAUUGUCUGCGACUGCAGGAAGAGUCAGAGGUCCUUCAGAAAAGUACGAUCAUUGGAGUGAUUGAAGGUGGAGAUGUGAUGGAGGAGAGGCUGAGGUCAGCACGAGAGACAGCCAAGCGGCCUGUAGGUGGCUUCCUUCUGGAUGGCUUUCAAGGGAACCCGACAACUCUGGAGGCUAGACUGGACUUGCUGUCGUCAGUUACCGCGGAGCUGCCAGAAGACAAACCGAGGCUCAUCUGUGGCGUUAGCCUGCCAGAUGAGGUGCUCGAGUGUAUUGAAAGAGGAGUGGACUUAUUUGAGAGUUUUUUCCCUUAUCAAGUGACAGAGCGGGGAGGUGCCCUGACUUUCAGCUUUGAUUACCAGCCGAAUCCUGAGCAGACAUUAUUACAACAAAAUGGGACUCAGGAAGAAAAACAAUAUGUGGAUCAGUCAAAGAAAAUGAAAACAGCCAGUGGCAACCAAGAAAUGACACCAUUUGAAAUUAAUCUGAAGGAAAAAAAGUACCGCGAGGACUUUGACCCAUUGGUGAGAGGGUGUUCCUGUUACUGCUGUAAGAACCACACUCGUGCUUACAUUCAUCACCUGCUGGUGACCAAUGAACUGUUGGCCGGAGUCCUGCUUAUGAUACACAACUUUGAACACUACUUUGGAUUUUUCCACUCUAUCCGGGAAGCACUGAAGAGUGACAGGCUGGCACAGCUGAAGGAGCUCAUCCGCAGGCAAGCAUAGUGAGCCUGGCACACAGGCCUGACUCCACAUUGAGCCAGUACCACUGCUGUUCUGUGGGAAGCGGAGAACGAGAAACCAUCUUAGCUUUCAUCAUUUAUGUUUGAGAAUACGGUCUGCUCAGAUAAGGAACGUCUGUACCAAACUGCCCACAGGAGGCUAAAGAGCUUUUUUCUAAAGACUUAAGUGACCUGGAUUGAUCAGAAAGAAUUGAACCAUGACCUUUAAUAUUUCUGUGCUAACUCUUUUAGUCAGUAGAGAUUUGUUUAGUCAAAAGCGUUAGAUGUGAAGAGACAGCCUUGAAGUGGCAGUGAUGAGAUUCUGAGGGUACACUGAGGUGCAUUGGAGAUUAAAGGGAGAUGAUUGGUCAUGAGCAGCAUGGCCUUGUGGCCUCAUGCCUAUUGACUGGAGAAGGAAUCUGCUUCAUUCAGGCAUUUUCUUUGUGCUCAGGGGCCUCUUUUGGGUACUGCCUUCCAAGCUGCUCCAGCAGUAUAGUCAGUCAGCAGUGGCUCUUUCGAUUUAACCAGGCGCACAUCUCCAUGGAACGUGGGGCUCACACAUUGCUCCUCUGACCGAUUGCUCCAAUGCACACGCCUUCAUUUGGCUACAUGGCUACGUGGUCUAUUUCUGACUUGUCUCCCUAGAGCUAACUGGAAGCUUCCCUAGCUGCGUCUGGUUGUGCAGGUCCACUAUAGUCUGCCCUUUAGGUUCAGUAAUAGUCUGACCACAUAAUAACUGUAGCCUCAUCACUUGGGGAGAUUCCUCCACCAUAUGUUCACUUGGAUAGAGCUUCAGACUGGCAGUUAGAGGAUUGGGGUUCAGUGCUACCCACCCACCUCUUCAUGCCUGUUUCCUCCUGAAUCAUUGGGGACAGGCAUGUGGAUCGGACUAAAUGAACUUCUGAGAUUCCAUCUAACUCUAAUAUUUGGGAAACAAAUAGUUUUAGAUCAGAGUCAUAGCCUUACUUACAGUUCUUGCUUAUUGAUCACCAUUGGCCUGAUGAAAAUGCAGCGGAGCCAGGAGUCAGGCAAUAAUAGAGACAUUUCAGAGUCUAAAAAGAGGUUUGGCUGUGGAUUUUGAAGUGGUUGGUGAAUUGGCAUUAGCAGAUCCUGAGGCUGGAAAGACCUUCCUGGAUCAUCUCUGAUCCUGUGAGUUUUUUUACUCUUCCCAAAGGAGUGACAUUUGUGUUGAUGGUUGUGACAAGUGAUUUGUAUAUUUUUGUGUGCUUUUCUAUAUUUAUGAAGUUUUCUACAAGAACAUACCUACACAGCCCUGUCUGGUGUGGCUCAGUUGGUUGGGCAUUGUUCCAUGCACUGAAAGUUGCUAGUUCGAUCCCCAAUCAGGGUACAUGCUUGGGUUAUGGCUCGAUCCCUGGUGUGGGGCAUGCAGAAGGCAGCCAAUCAAAGUUUUGCUCUCACAUCAACGUCUCUCUCUCUUUUUCUCUCUCUCUGUCUUUCUCUUUCUCCCUCUCCCUAAAAAUUAAUUUAAAAUAUAUACAGACAUUUAUACGCAUAGUUUUUGUCAAAACAACAACAGAACCAAAAAGAGGCCUUUGUUUUUGUUUUUUUAAAAAAAUAUAUUUUAUUGAUUUUUUUACAGAGAGGAGGGGAGAGGGACAGAGUUAGAAACAUUGAUGAGAGAGAAACAUUGAUCAGCUGCCUCCUGCACACCCCCCACUGGGGAUGUGCCCGCAACCAAGGUAGAUGCCCUUGACUGGAAUCGAACCUGGGACCCUUGAGUCCGCAGGCUGACGCUCUAUCCACUGAGCCAAACCGGUUAGGGCAAGAGGCCUUUGUUUUGUGUGUAGGACUGUGAACUACAUUUGUUUUAUAUUAUUGUGCUGUAUUUUGCUGUUUGUUUAUUUUAGUGGGUGUUACUAAGCAUUUUUAAAAAAUUAUGUGGUUACUACAUUUUUAUGUGUUGGAUGCCCAUCUAUAUGGUUUAACUUUAUUAGAUGGGAGUAAUUCUGUUUUGGAAUUCAUAACUUUGGAAUUCAUGGGCAUUCCUAUUACCUCUCUCCAUGAAUGGUACGGGUACUUAUGAAAGAAUCUCUGUUCUCAAGGAUCUGAUUGUUUUGAAAUAUAUUGGAUGGGACUUGUUCAUAUGUUUAUAUUCCUUUUCAAUGCCAAAUCCAUUGUUAGAGGACUAUUAAUAAAUAUCCCAGAAUUUGUAUAAAAUGUAUGAGUUUUAUGUUCAAAACACUGAAAUUUCUGCCCAAUAUUGUCCAUUUUUCUGGGUCUUUUUCUUAUUAGCAUAUUUGAAAAAAAUGUUUCUUUAAUGAAACCUAUUAAAGUCAAUGGCCAGUAAACAUUUUGAACUAAAAAUAUACUGUCUUAUUUCCUGUAACUGGUAGUGGAUCUACUAAACAAAAUAUUAAAUUUCCAUGGUACCAGAAAUAGUCUCCAAUAGAAAAAGAUUUUUCUACAUUUAUUCCAUCUGUAGUCAUUGUUUUAAGUGUGCUCACACUAAAUGCAGAAUCCAGGGAGACUCAGGGAUGCAUCUGUCUCUUUAAAUUAUAUAAUUAGGGAUCUUAAGGCCAUGCUUAGCACAUAAUGAAAAUAAUAACUACAGUCUUUGGAGCAUUUUUAAUGUGCCGGGCACCUCAGUACAUGCUUUCCAUAUAUAUCUCAUUGACCUGUAGAGUAAAGCUGUCAGGUGUUGAUAUAUUAUUCCUGUUACUGAGUUUCAGGAAGGUUGAGGGCCCUGCCUGAGGGCCUACCAGGAAUUUCUGGAAGGUUGAGUAGUUUGCCUAAGGUCUUCCUUCCACUAGUUAGCUCCCAGGUUAGACUUUGGCUCCAUCUGACUAAAAUUCAUCAGUUCCCAUUGCACUAAGUAGCUUCUUGCUUGUGACUUGCUCCUGGGUUAAAGGACUAAGAGAAGCAAGGACUGAAUAGAGGGGCCUCUGUCUUAAGGGACAGAUGCUUCUGGAGCCUUGCUGGCACUUGGCCCCUCGCUCCUACUCCUGUAACGGAAUAGCCGGCACUGCGAUGUGUAGCUACAGUACCAUGCUAUCACCUGUAGGUCUAAGUGCCAUUCCUUGUCCCUAAAUCCCUCUCACCCCCCAGUUUGGGGACUACUCCCACCCUGAACUGUGUUGAAAGGGUUUGGGUCUCUGAUGGGUUCAAGUGGACUCUUGGAUAAUCAAUAGGAGUCUGAGGUUUCCUGUAUGCCUUGGGGGAGGAAUAUUUUAUUCUCUGGGAAUAAAGGGAAAAGAUUCUUCUAAAACAUUUUAAAAUCAAAUAUUAGUAUAAUUAGAGAAUUUUAAUAAAAACUUCAAACAAAGACCAUCCAAAGGCCAAGAUGAGAGUGUGAGAGCAACUAUCUUACCCAGGAUGUUUUUUUCUGUUGAGGCAGCUUGGAGCUCACUGAGACCCACAGAGUUAAAUGAUUACCCUGUGCCUUCCUGAUUAGGAACAGGCUGCUCUCUGCAGUUUGAUUAGUCUCGCUCGUAGCUACGGGAUUACAGCUUAUUAAAACUGACAGUGCUGUGUAGGGCAGGCAGCCAGGAAGGUCAAACUCACAUGCUGAGCCAGCCACCAGCAAGGCUCUGCCUUUACCUGAAGGUUUGGUGUAAUUGGCAUUCAUUUAAAAAUUCUUUUCCAUUUCUUUCCUUUUAAAAAAAAAUACCUUUCAGAUCUCUUUCUCAUUUUACACCUUUUAUCUCCCUUAUUCCUCAUAAGAGUUCCUGACUUAUGACCACAUAAUCCAAAUAACAGUGGGUACAGAAGAAGAGCAAGUCCAGUGUACUAGUAAGCUAUGUGAGUUCGGGUCACCAUACAUCCUCACAGUCCACUGUCCACAACAAUCCCGGUUUAUGUCUGUGGUGCAGGCAUAAUUAC